AUGAAAGCUGUGUAUUUUGUAAUUACUUCAAAGACAAGUCAUUUUGAUCUAAUGGUAGAUGAAAAAUCUACAACUAUUAAUGAUCAUUCAAGGCCUAUCAAACAAGUCAGCGAAGUGACGUUGGAUAAUGUUCCCAAGGUUGAUGUAAAAAAAGUUCUUGUUGUAGGAUCUGGCGGUUUAUCCAUCGGCCAGGCAGGAGAAUUUGAUUAUUCGGGUUCGCAAGCCAUCAAAGCCUUGCGUGAGUCGGGUGUUCGUACGGUCUUGGUAAAUCCCAACAUCGCCACUAUUCAAACAUCUCAUGCAUUAGCGGAUACUGUUUACUUCCUUCCUGUCACAGUUGAAUAUCUUACACACAUACUUGAACGAGAACGACCCGACGGAAUUCUUCUCACUUUCGGUGGUCAGACCGCUUUAAAUGUUGGUAUUAAGUUGGAUCAGAUGGGUGUUUUGUCUCGCCUAGGAAUUCAAGUGUUGGGUACACCAAUUCGUACUUUGGAAUUAAGUGAGGAUAGAGAUUUAUUUGCCAAAUCAUUAGAAGAAAUCGGCAUUCCUGUUGCCGAAUCUACUGCAGUGUCCACAAUUGAUGAUGCACUUGCUGCCGCUGAACAGAUCGGAUAUCCAAUCAUCGUUCGUUCAGCUUAUUCUCUCGGUGGUCUUGGAUCUGGGUUCGCAUCAAAUCCAGAAGAACUUCAUAGUUUGGCAGCUAAAUCAUUAUCUUUGGCACCCCAAAUUCUUGUAGAGAAGUCAAUGAAGGGUUGGAAAGAGGUUGAAUACGAGGUUGUUCGUGAUGCCGCAAAUAAUUGUAUUACCGUCUGUAACAUGGAAAAUUUCGAUCCUCUUGGCAUUCAUACGGGUGAUUCAAUUGUCGUUGCCCCAAGUCAAACUCUGAGUGAUGAAGAAUACCACAUGCUAAGAACUGCUGCGAUAAAGAUCAUUCGUCAUUUGGGAGUAGUUGGUGAAUGUAACGUUCAAUAUGCAUUAAAUCCAGAAAGUCUCGAAUACAAAGUCAUAGAAGUCAAUGCACGUUUGAGUCGUAGUAGGCGACUCAACGAAUUGUCAUAUCCUCAUAGUGCCCUAGCAUCGAAAGCCACCGGAUAUCCUCUUGCUUUUAUUGCAGCCAAGAUCGCUUUGGGACACACACUUCCUGAACUUAGAAAUUCUGUCACAAAAACCACCACCGCGUGCUUUGAGCCCUCUUUAGAUUAUAUUGUUACAAAGAUUCCGCGAUGGGACUUGAGCAAAUUCCAACAUGUUAAUCGCGACAUUGGAAGUGCAAUGAAAAGUGUUGGUGAAGUAAUGGCAAUUGGUAGAACUUUCGAAGAAAGUCUACAAAAGGCCAUCCGUCAAGUUGAUCCCUCCUUUAAAGGUUUCCAAGCUUUGUCCUUCCCUGACCUUGACAAUUCUCUCAGCAUUCCUACGGAUAGACGUUUGUUCGCUAUAGGACAGGCCAUGCUUGAAAAGAAUUACAACAUCGAUCAAAUUCACGAUCUCACAAAGGUUGACAAAUGGUUCCUUUACAAGCUUGGUAACAUUGUGAACAUCCAGCAUGAUCUUAAGCACGCUGGGAAACUUGAAAAUGUAUCUAAAGAAUUACUUCAAGACGCAAAGAAGAAAGGAUUCUCUGAUUCACAAAUUGCUUCGUUCUUGCAAGAUACUUCGGAAGAUCAAGUGCGACAAGCAAGGAAAGGUUACGGAAUUACACCAUAUGUUAAGAGGAUUGACACUCUGGCUGCUGAAUUCCCUGCUCAGACAAAUUAUUUGUAUACCACCUAUAAUGCUUCGACCAACGACAUCGAUUUUAAUGAACAUGGAACUAUGGUCUUAGGUUCAGGUGUAUACCGUAUCGGAUCAUCAGUUGAAUUUGAUUGGUGUGGUGUGUCUACUAUUCGCGCUCUCAGAAAGAUGGGCAUGAAGACUGUCAUGGUGAACUACAACCCGGAAACAGUUUCAACAGAUUUCGACGAAUGUGAUAGACUUUAUUUUGAAGAACUUUCAUAUGAAAGAGUCAUGGAUAUCUAUGAGGCGGAACGAGCUAAAGGUGUUGUCGUUUCAGUGGGUGGACAAUUGCCACAAAAUAUCGCACUCCGGUUGCAUAAUAGCAAAGUAAACAUCUUGGGAACUAGUCCAGUGAUGAUUGAUAAAGCCGAAGAUAGAUUCAAGUUCUCUCAAGUUUUAGAUCAAAUUGGCGUAGAUCAACCCGAAUGGAAGGAAUUGUCGAGCGCCGAAGAGGCUGAGGCUUUCGCUGACUCCGUGGGAUACCCAGUCCUUGUCCGUCCUUCAUAUGUUCUCUCAGGGGCAGCCAUGAAUGUAUGCCAUACUCAUGAAGCAUUACAUAAGAAUCUUUUGGAGGCUACAUCAGUUUCACCAUUACACCCUGUGGUGAUCACCAAAUUCAUAUCUCCGGCUGCUGAAAUUGAUGUUGAUGCUGUUGCGCACAAGGGUAAGCUUCUAAUUCACGCCGUUUCGGAGCAUGUUGAAAACGCCGGUGUUCAUUCUGGUGAUGCAACUUUGGUGUUGCCCCCACGUGAUAUUGACGAUGAAACAAUGGCGCGAUUGAAAGAAAUAGCUCAGAAGGUUGCUAGUGCAUUUGAGAUUACUGGUCCAUUCAAUAUGCAGGUUAUCAAAAAAGAUGUUCCGGGUGGACAGCCACAAUUGAAGGUUAUCGAGUGUAAUUUGCGUGCAUCAAGAUCAUUCCCAUUCGUCUCCAAAGUGCUUGGCACUAAUUUCAUUGACGUUGCUACACAUGCAUUAUGCGAUCAUGAAGUUCCUGUUCCAGUUGAUGUGAUGGCUGAAAAGAAAGAUUACCAAGCCGUGAAGGUUCCACAGUUUUCAUGGACCCGCCUUCAAGGCGCAGACCCAUUCCUUGGCGUCGAGAUGGCGUCAACAGGUGAGGUGGCUUGUUUCGGCAAAGAUAAGUAUGAGGCAUACUGGUCUGCGAUUCAAUCAACACAGAACUUCCGUGUUCCAAAAAUCGGAAGCGGCAUCCUUAUAGGAAAAGACGAAUAUACAAAUGAUGAUGAUUUCUAUGCUGUAGCACAUACUUUAUCAAAGGAUUUGGGGCAUCCACUGUACACCAGUUCGGAGAAAGUUACAGAAUAUUUAGCUCAACGUAAUAUCAAGGCAACCACAUUGACUUUACCCGAGCAAAAUAAACGUGCCCUUCAACAAUUAUUCCAAAAUAACAAGAUUGAUUUUGUUUUUAAUCUUGCUUCACUUCGAGCCAGCACUGUAGCCGAUGAAAAUUACAUUGCCCGAAGAUCAGCUGUAGAUUUUGGUAUACCAUUGAUUAAUGACAGCAAAUGCGCUAGAUUAUUUGUGGAAUCUGUGAAGCGAAAGCGUCAAGAAUUGGGUAGUUUAUCGAAUGGAGAAUAUCCUGGAGAA